CAACAAAGCCUCAAACUACAACAAGCACAGAAUAUCCAACUACAACAAGCACAACAAAGGCUCCGACUACAACAAGCACAGAAUAUCCAACUACAACAAGCACAACAAAGGAUCCGACUACAAGCACAACAGCCAGAACAAAGCCUUCCACAACAAGAAAACCAAUGAAUCCCUUGACAUGUAAGUCAUGGGCUAAAAAUGUUGACAGAACAACAAAGUGUGAAAACAAUUCUACAAAAAUAGAGCUAGAAAAUGGCGAUUGCUGUAAUUGCAGCUGCAGAGAAGGAAAGAUAUAUGAAUGUAAUAGAUGUACCUGUAAAGUUACAACAAAAAAAACACAAAAAAACUUUAUAACAAUAAAUGAAGAACGUGCCUGUAGAUUUUGCCACUGUAUUAGUGGAAAAAUUAGGAAUUGCCACAAAUGCGGUUGCAAUGAUACUGAGAAAAAUGUGAAGAAGAUUGACAGAAGUGGAGACUGUCAACAAUGUGAAUGCCAAGAGGGUGAAUAUCUGGGGAACUGUAGCCCAUGCCAGUGUGAUACUACCACUGAGAAAGUAAAAACCAGAGUAGAUGGUGGUAUAUGUAAUGAGUGUAAGUGCAUGGAUGGAACACUUAAGGACUGUAAAGCAUGUAUUUGUGGAGGGAGGAAAGGUGCUAUAUUCCAGGAAAAUGGUAACUGCAUAGCGUGCAAGUGCGACCAUGGUAAGCUGAAGGAGUGUGAUGUGUGUUUGGCAGGAAGUAAAGAAAAGAGAUGUAAACAAUGCCAAAACACAGAAGUGGCUCAGACUACAAGGAAAGCUCCAAUUAAAAUAACAGCUCGUCCAACUGAAACUAGAACAGCUCCAACUAGCACAUUAGGUCCAAUAAGAACAACCAAAAUAAAGGCUCCAAAUAGAGAUACAAAAACAAUUCCAACAUCAGCUCCUGAUGAUAUGACUGAUGGAACGACAACUCCAGAUGAAAUGACAGUUACAAAGACGGAUCCACAAGAAAACAUUCCAAAAGGACAGGUUGUGUAUUCCCCAUGUGGCAUAGGAAGGAACUGUAGCAUGUGGCAGGCUGGAAUA